GCGAGCAUCUCUUGUCUUCCGCGGCGUAACUGGAAUCCCCACUUUUAUUUCUCCUGCCCGGCCUCGGGGCAGCCCUUGCGCCGCCCGCUAGCGCCGCCCGCUAGCGCCGCCGCUCGCGUCGGCUUCCAUGGAGAAGUUACGGUGGAUGCCCGUAGUGCUACGAUCUCUCAGGUCCUACUCGGCGAAGGCCCCUAUCUCCACCAGAGCUCCUCGUCUUCCGACUGGCAAACAGGUGCUCCAAGGUGUCGCAUCCGACCAUCUGAAGUUACGAGAUAGCAUGGAAACCCUAGACAAAGGCUAUCUCUUUUCGCGUAGAGACGCAUGUAAUCUGGGAACGUCACAGAGAGGUGCAAUAUCUCGUCUUACCCAUAUGCCCACGCACCGCAGCACCAAUCAAUGGCCUACACCCAUCCGAAGGCAUCUUCUGACACGGAGUUAUUCUUCAAAGGGAACUGAUCCAAAAGAUGACUUUGACUGGCAUACACAUAUUGCAACGGGAAACUUCUCUUAUAGAGGGCAACUCACACUCGGCAUUAAGAUGAUCAGUCUGCAAGAGCACUUGGUCAAGAACCCGAUGCUCGAAACAAGACCAGUUUACGGUGAUCGCAAUGGCAAGUACAAAACUUUUGUCAAGGAUAUCGCUAAGUCUCACUGCUGGAAUAUGAUUAAUUCUCUCUCAGAGUUUCACAGGAUCGGACUAUGUAUUGUGGACCUAGAUCACUCCAAAAUUGUAAUCUGUGAUGGUGUUGCAAGAUUUUCACCAGACAUCCUAUUCGUUGCUGCAACAGAGCAGCUCAUCAAGGAUAAUUUCCUGAAGCUGGCGAAGAUCAUCAAGCAUGUACUGUUCCAGGGGGAGGAAUUGCCUUAUGACAUGCAUCGUCUUCUGAAGAUCAUGCAGACCGAGGCUCUAGAGGCGGUAAAUCUCAUGAAUUGUCAUGUGGCUCUUGUUCCCCAAAUUCUCAAGACAUCAUUCUACUUCAGAAUGUAUGAAGUGAUCACUUUUCUCCGGCUUGGCGACUACCCAUCUUACUCCUCUCUUAUGGACAUGCUUCCGUACCGAUAUGUUUGGUAUAAGAUAAUGCAAGGUAAAACACUUUUGGCAUCCUCAAUGGAAAGGCACCAGCGUCCAAUCAGCCGUUUGGCAAGGAAAAAUCCUGGAAAGUUAGUGCAUAGCUACAGGUGUCUGUGAGUCUUCAUAAGAUGGAUGAUAGCGUGGAUACUACUACAGGGGAGGUUCUGUAUACAGAGCAUAUGUUUGAGGAUAUUAUGGAUUCUGAGUUCCCAAAAUACAAGGCAGAUAUGCAGUAUGGCCUUCACUCGAUCGGCAAGCUUGAGCGAACACAGGUUGACGCCUUCUUUUUCCGUGCUCGGCCAGCUGGGUCCUGCAGCAGUGUUGCUGAGCUGUUUCUUGUCAAGAAAUGAUGCGGAGGUAGUAACAUGCUGACCAGCUACUUGUCAUAUUUGUGCAAGUUCUCUUCACCCGGAGCUAAUGUGCAGCUCCACCAUGGGAAAGGGGCCGUGUUACUUGUCAAGAGUAUAGAUAGAAUUAAGCUCAGUUAGAUUCCUUCAUGGGGUUCUUCAGCGCAGUGCAGCAGUCGUCAGUAAAUGCAAGACAUAAAACCACCGAGUAACUCCAGACUGCAGGAGUCGUGCAGUGCCUUUUAUCCUUUUUCUUUUUUGGCAUCAUCAGUAGUCAUCAUGAAUUCACUCAGUGUUCUAACAUCUGCACCAGUCAUCCUGUUACUGAAAUAGUUAGUAUGCAGUUACCUGUAAUUUCAUAAGUGGUAAUAUACCUCACUUGAAAAGUUGCUUUAUGACAGCACUGAAAUUUUGAAGUUCCAGUAAUUCUGUAUGCUGUCA